GCGUUGCUGGUGAACUUUGAAUUUGGUUGAUUUGUUGAAUUGUUAGAUAAAUCACGGUCCACUUUAAUUUUUCUCUGCUGCAGUGUUGGUUCUUUUUUAAUCAAAUUCUGUGUGUGCCCCAAUAUAAAUAUGAUAAAUACUGGGAAACUAGCAGGGAAGACCGUAUUUGUUACAGGCGCCAGCAGAGGUAUUGGAAAAGCCAUUGCUUUGAAGGUUGCCAAAGAUGGCGCUAAUGUAGUUGUUGCUGCCAAAACUGCCGAACCUCACCCCAAGCUUCCUGGCACCAUAUAUACAGCAUGUGAAGAAAUCGAAAAGGCUGGUGGAAAAGGUCUGCCCUGUAUAGUCGACGUGAGAGAUGAAAAAGCAGUACAAAGUGCAGUGGAUGAGGCUGUGAAAAAAUUCGGUGGCAUCGACAUUCUCAUCAACAACGCAUCUGCUAUUUCACUGACUGGAACUGCUGAGACUGAAAUGAAACGAUACGAUUUGAUGCAUAGUGUCAACACAAGAGGAACGUUUUUAGUAUCCAAAACCUGCUUACCUCACCUUAAGAAGAGUAGUCAUGCACACAUAUUGAACUUGUCUCCACCAUUGAGUAUGAACCCCAUAUGGUUCAAAGAUCACGUGGCAUACACUAUGGCCAAAUACGGAAUGUCCAUGUGUGUGCUAGGAAUGCAUGAGGAAUUCAAGCCCUUCAACAUCGCUGUGAAUGCUCUUUGGCCAAAAACAGUUGUCAGCACAGCAGCAGUCGUAAUGUUGAAGGGCCGAGGUUCCCACGACUUCAGCCGAACCGUCGACAUCAUGGGCGACUCCGCCUACGCCAUCUUGACGCAAGACCCGAAAACGUGCACCGGCAACUUUUUCGUAGACGAAGACGUCCUUAGGAAGGCUGGAGUGACGGAUCUUAAGCAGUACGCUUGCAAUCCAGACAACGCCGAUAAAUUAGCCCCGGAUUAUUUCUUGGACGACAACAUUCCGGCAAUAUUCGGUGCCGAAGCCAAGAAGGCUGCGCCGACGGGGCAAAUAGCUGAAGUGUUCAAAAAAAUCGAUGGGAUUCUAUCGCCUGAAACGGUAUCGAAAACUCAGGCCAUUUUCGCUUUCAAUGUCUCUGGUGAGGAGGAAGGAAAAUGGUUUUUGGAUUUGAAGAACGGAGGAGGGCUGUGCGGUCACGGAGAUCCACCAGCUGCACCAGAUGUAACUCUCACCAUGGACACCAAAAACUUCUUGGGUCUGUUUUCUGGAAAGAUGAAGCCUACCACAGCGUACAUGAUGGGAAAGUUGAAGAUACAGGGUAACCUCCAACAGGCCAUGAAACUGGAGAAAUUGAUGAAGAAGCUGGAAGACAAAUGAUGUCGCUUAUUUAUAUUUGACUGGAUUAUUAUUGUGUAACUUUUAUAGGGGGUGAAACAUUUUACACAUAUAUUAAUGCGAACGUCAGCCUUUUGUUUGUAUCUCUCCGAUUCAAACGGUUGUGCAAAAAAUUGUAUGCUCAUUCUAUUUAAAAUAAAUUGACUUUUUAUACUCA